AAGAACAUGUUGAUUCUGCGUAGAGUAGUUAAACACUCGAUUCUUCAAAUCUUCCUUCGCCAGAUUAGUUUCACAGACAGUGAUCUCACUGUUCGUUCGUAUCUAUCAGGACCUGCUUCGAGUCCCAGCUUAUCGAUAUGGAGACGGAAGAAAGAAAUUAGCAAAGAAGGUUUAAUCGCCGCCAAGGAGCUCAAGCGUCUUCAGACCAAACUCGUCCGUCUCGAUAGAUUCAUUGCUUCCCACGUCUCUCGCCUCCUAAAAUCCGAUCUCGUUUCCGUUCUUUUCGAGUUUCAGAGACAAGACCAAGUUUUCCUCUGUAUGAAGCUCUAUGAGGUUGUGCGGAGAGAGAUAUGGUACAGACCAGACAUGUUUUUUUACAGAGACAUGCUCAUGAUGCUUGCAAGAAACAGGAGAGUGGAUGAGACCAAAAAAGUAUGGGGAGAUUUAAAGAGUGAAGGAGUUUUGUUUGACCAGCAUACGUUUGGAGAUCUUGUUAGAGCGUUUUUGAAUAAUGAACUUCCUGUGGAGGCAAUGAGAUUGUAUGAAGAGAUGAGAGAUUCUCCUGACCCGCCUCUGUCUCUGCCUUUUCGAGUUAUUCUGAAAGGACUCGUUCCUUACCCUGAGUUACGAGAGAGAGUGAAAGAUGAUUUCUUGGAGCUUUUCCCUGGGAUGGUUGUGUUUGAUCCUCCUGAGGAUUUGUGUGAAGAAAGCGAUGAAGAAGCUAGAACAGAUAGCGAUCUUGAGUAGAGAGGGUUUGAGAUUCUGCUUUCUCACAGUUGGAUCAGUGCUUGGUUUUGAGUUAAGAGAGAAAGUGAAAGAGGAAGUGAAGUGAUGAAAGUUUCCUUACCCUUCAGUAACUUGUUCACUCAUACCAGUUUUUGUUUCAAAUGCAUUUGCAUAAACUGAAGGAAGUGAACUUAUUGGGUCAGUGUCGUUCAUUUAGAUUUAGGUUGUGUUUUCUUCGAUUCUUGCUUACACACUUUUGUUACUUGUUGGUGUCAUAACUCAUAACCAGUUCAUUUGUAAGCUAUAUGAGAACUGAGGAUAUUCAGUCUGUAGUCGAGCACAAAGUUUAUAGCAAACCUUUC